CACACCACACCACAACGCGUGGUUGCUAAUUAAUACCACCUCGUGUCUGCUUCUUAGUUCGCUUCUACUCCUACUCCAUUAUUCCAUUACACCAUAAAAAGUGCUUUUAGACCAGACACAGAGCCUGCUGGCGGCCAGGCCAACAAUCCAGCUACCGAUCGACGAUGGCCACCACCGAACUCCGGUCGCCGCUCCUCCCUCUGCCGCCACCGCCGCAGCGCCAGCGACGAAUAAGCGCUCGGGCAGCAGCGCUCGCCGUUUCGGCGACGGUGGUCGUCCUGCUCCUUCCCUUCCUGAUCGCCAGCUUCGGCGGCACCACCAGCACGAGCAGACGGCACCCGCCCCGGCACCGAUCAUCCUCAUCCUCAUCCAACCUCGUCGAGCUCACCCUGCUGACCGCCGCUCAGGACAAGGGCGCAGUGUGCCUGGACGGAAGCCCGCCGGGGUACCACCUGCAGGCGGGCACCGGCGCCGGGUCAAGCAGCUGGCUCAUCCAUCUCAUGGGGGGCGGCUGGUGCGACACCGUGCGCAGCUGCUCCGACCGCAGCAAGGGCUACCUCGGUUCGUCCCUCUACAUGGAGAAACUGAUGGACUUCUCUGGGAUUCUCAGCAACGAUCCGGCACAGAAUCCUGAUUUCUACAGCUGGAACAGAGUGUUUGUUAGGUACUGCGACGGGGCAUCAUUUUCGGGGGAUUCCCAGCUCGAGGCGGCUGAGCAUGGGAACGGCACGCUCUUCUUCAGAGGCCUGCGCAUCUGGGAGGCGGUCCUCGACGAACUCAUGCAAAAGGGCCUCGCCCAGGCCAAACAGACCUUGCUCACAGGCUGUUCUGCUGGUGGUCUGGCUACGCUGCUGCAUUGCAACGAUUUUCGCUCACGGUUUCCUCCUGAGGUUACCGUGAAAUGCCUCUCCGAUGCUGGAUUCUUUGUUGAUGCAAAGGAUUUGUCAGGGCAGCGCUCCAUGCGGUCUGUUUACAACGGAGUUGUUCAUCUUCAGAAUGUUACUUCUACUAAAGUUUUGCCCAAGGACUGCCUCCUCGCAAACAAGGAUCCCACACAGUGCUUCUUUCCCGCGGAGCUUAUUAAGAGCCUCAGCACGCCCACAUUGAUCGUAAACUCUGCUUACGACUCUUGGCAGGUACGUUUUGUUGUUGCGCCGGAUGGAUCGUCCCCCGAUGAGUCAUGGCGCAGCUGCAGAGCUGACGUUCGCAGAUGCAAUUCCUCACAGAUACAAGUCCUCAAUGCAUUCAGGAAGGAGAUGGUAGAUGACCUUGAGGCUGCUGACGACAACACCAACAACAGCUGGUUCAUCGAUUCAUGCUUCACCCAUUGUCAGACUAUCUUCGAUGAUUCAGGAUGGAACAAACAGGUCGCCCCGAGGAUCGGAAACAAGACACUGAAGGAGGUAAUGGGGGAUUGGUACUUUGGUAGGAGCCCAAGCCCGGUGGUAAGACAAGUUGGCUGCGAGUAUCCAUGCAAUCCCACAGGUUGCCAGCUUGCACAACAGAGCUCUUCUGCACGAACCAAAGAAUAAAUCAUCUAUAUAGUAGUAUAAUAUAACAACCCAACUGUCACACGCAUUCUUGUAUUGGGAUGGAUACAUAUAUGUAAACGGACAAUUCUAAAGAUACAGAUAUAUAGCACACACUACAUGAGAACACUGAAAAAUGACGGAAGGAAAAUUGACUGGCUCUUGGCCCUGUUACUGAUGAUAAAUAAAAAAGUGAUGGACGACAA